AUGCCUUCAUUAUUUUGGCUGGUUUUUCUCCUAUGUCUCCCACUUCUAAUACACUCCCGCCCCGAAUGUCGACAACGUCUGUACGAGGCGAAAGGCCCUCCACAACCCGGAACCAACGGGUUCACCUUGGAAGUGGAGGAGGUUGGAAAAGAAGGCGUCCCUGUGACUGGCUACAUUCCCGGCCAUUUGUAUGUUGUAACGCUGAAAGGCAGAAGGACCGAAUACAUUGUUCAGACUUUCCGAGGAUUUGGGGUUACAGCUCAAUUCAAGAAUGGAAAACCCGCGGGAAGAUUUGAAUUGGAAAAGGUAGGGUUUUUUUGAUUUUAGAGUUUUGGAGUUUAGAAAUUUAAAAUGGCGUGAAAUCGUGACUCUAGUCGGAAAAUGCCGGCUGCCCGCAAAGAGGUUGCCCGAAAGUGUCGCAAUGCCAAAAUUUUAAAAUUUUGGAAUACUACAGAUACCCGUAGGGGUACUAACCCGCUUGCCAAAUAGCGGACGUGGUUUCGGCGACAAGCAAUGUGCAAAAUGAAUGUUUUCUUUGCACUGUGCAAUUUGAUAGACGGCCGAGAUUUUGAAGCGAAAAGCUGGCAAAAUGUUGGAGGUCGAAGAUUUUUACAUACCUUGAUAUAGAGCAGCGUACAAAAAAAUGUUUUCCAUCUGAAAUUGGUUAAGUUAUGACCAAAAGGUUUUAUAUCCGCAUAGGCCAGUUUACGUCAUAAGUGAUAUUGAAGACGCUCUCAUUCGACAUUUUACAAACUUUGUUUUAGGACCGUUCCCGUCGCCCGGAAGCCCGUGUUGCUCCGAACUGUCGAAACGCCGGAGUUUCGCAUUCAAAUCUUCGACCAAAAACUUCGGUCUCGGUGGUCUGGAGAGCGCCAGAAACUGGGACAGAAUGUGUCCUUUUCCAGUCGUCUAUUAUCCAGUCCAAGAGCGUCUGGUAUGGCGCGGAACAGGACUUAAAGAGGGAAUUUUGUAUUAUCAGUAAGUUAUUCUUAUAAAACCAAACAUAAAAAAACGUAUUUUACAAAUGAAAAAGUUUCAAACAAAGUAAAAAAAGCAAAAAAUUCAUUUUCAAACAGGGCUGUUUGCCAUGCCAAACAAAAAGACGCGUAUUUUAUAUAAAGGUGGUCACAUAAGAUCUCGGAAUUUUUUUUCACAAAUCGCGAUUUUCGGUGCACAAAAAAAAAUUUGGUAAAUUUUUCUAAGUUUUUUGAAAUCAGUGCACAAAGUCUUAAGUCUGCACCAAAGACUUAAGUGCUUAAGUCAGCACCGCAUUUCGGAAUUCGGUGCUGAAAAAAUUAAGUUGACGCCAAUUUUUGGAUUUGGGCGUUGACUUUUUUGUGUACCGAAAAUCGCGAUUUGGGAAAAAAAUUUCGAGAUCUUAUAUGACCACCUUUAUAUAUAACCUUAUUUUUUAGCGGACUACCAGAAAAACGUGCCGAAAGACGACCAGAACGCGGAGUGUUGCGCCUGCGACGAGGCCGAUUAUGAUGUGGAAUUUGUUGGGAUCUGGAGCAGAGAAACGCAUCCGAAGGAGUUCCCUUCUCGUACGUUUUUCGAUGUUUCUGACGUUGGCGUAUUUUAAAAAAUAUAUGUUUUUUGAUUUUUACAUUCCAAUGGACAAGUGCGAUGCUCAGAUUUUCUUUCAAUUUUGCAAACGCCUCUAAGUUUUGCAUAGACCACAUAUCGAUUCCUAAAAAUGUUUGCUUGCAUUUUGCAGGAGCAGCCGAAUUAUUAAACGAUUUUUGCGGCCGAGAGAGCACGCGAAACGCGGAGAGCAGUAAUAAAGAAGCCGCUUUUUUGCCCAUAACUUUACAGGCCCUGCUUAGAAAAAAAUAAAAUUCAUUUUUAUAGAACGUUUUGCCCUCUGUGGUAGGAAUGAAACUUUUCCAUGCGAAAAUUAAAAAAAAGCAUGACUUUUUUUCCAAAUGCAGGCCUAAAAAUCCCGAUCGUUUUCGCGGGCCAAGUUUUAUAUACAUAUUAUCUGUGCGUCGCACUUGGAGCACUUCAUUACAAUUGAAAGCAAAAAUUAAUUUUUUUCUUCAAAUUUUAUUUUUCAGUGGAACACUUGACCCAUUUCACGGACAUGCUUGGCGCCAGUCACAGCAAAAGGUAUCAAAUGUGGAGAGUUGGCGACAUUGCAACGGAUGGGCUGAAAGAAAUUGCCGAAUGGGGAAAUACGUACAAUGGAGAGGCCGAGAUGAAGGCGAAUGUAAGUCGGAAUACCAGGUCGUCUUCUGGAAUGACCAGUGUAAAACUAACUGUAUUAAACUCACUGUAAGACCGAUUACUAUGUCUCAAAUCUAUCUUAUCAAGCCUUGGAAAAGCCAGACUUCUUUCAGGCCUCCGAAAUCCGCACCAUCAUCAAAAUGAAGGGCCUUUGGUACCCUGAAGUUCAAGGAAGAACCUCAGGUCGUUUCCACGUCAACAAAUAUCAUCAUUUUGCAUCUCUUGCCGCCAUGUUUGGGCCAUCGCCGGAUUGGUUCGUGGGAGUUUCGGGGAUCAAUCUCUGCCUGCCGGACUGCACUUGGGUUGAGGAGAGAGCCUUCGACAUGUUGCCGUACGACGCCGGAACCGAUAACGGACCAACUUACAUGGUGAGUCUUUGACCGCUCUCCGCGCUUUGUGUGCUCUCGCGGUCGCAAAGAGCGGUGAAUAUCUUGGUAGCACUUUAAAGCAUGAGUAAAAAAUUUUAUGAAUUGAUAUGUGGCCUAAGACCGUGUGUGUGUGCGAGAGAUAUCAGUCUGUCGGGAAAAUAAUGUGGAUUUGUCGGGCUUUGGAAUUGGCAUUAUCGCUUUGCCACGGUUUCAUUUCCUCGAUUUUUGCGAUUUUCGAUGCGACAGAUUUGCUCAUUAUUUUCCCGACAGACUGAUAUAUUUUUCAUUUUUUAAAAAUUCCCAUUCUUUUUCCAGUCGCCCAACAACCCGGCCGAGCCCCGAUUGCCAAUCGUCCGCAUCACCACCAAGUCCGACAAGAAGAAUCCCUUCUACGACGAAGCGGCCGACGAGGUCUCGCCGUUGGGCCGACUCAUCAUUAAGAAGAAGCAGACCACGAACAUGUUUGGCUGCCGCACCGAAGAGCAGUACAAACAGGAAGCGCACAACAUUACGAACACUUCGGAGGACGAGGAAUACAAAGACCGCAGGGAGUGCACGAUGAGCAACUGGGAGUCGUGGUCGCUGUGCUCGGCCACUUGCGGAAAGGGGAUCCGGAUGCGGUCGAGAGUGUUCACUUUUCCGAUUAAGGUGAGGUUUGAGGUUUUUUGCAUGUUUUUGAAGCAUAAAAAUUUUAGGGAAAAGUCAAGAAAAAAUUUCAAAAAAAAAAUUGCGAGAUUUCUCAAUCAUUUGUUAUCAAAAAUGAACGUUUGUAAAAUACGCCUACUCACCUACCCUCGGGUUAACAAAAUACAUUUUUCACUAAAAAUCAAUUUUAAGCAGGUUGAAACACAAUGCCAAAAAAUCAAAUCGGAAUAACGAGUUCUUAUCAAAUUUUUACAUAAAUUCCAUCAGGAUUUGUGAAAUAGAACGUUUUUCGAAAAAAAAAAUCAAAAAAAAAAUUAAAAAAUCCCGGAUUUAAAAAAAACCGAUUUUUGUAAAAAAUGAAAUUUUUAUCUCUGAUAACAAAAAUUAGACAAUUUGGUUUGUAAAUAAAAUACGGGGUCUCCAAUAAAAGUGCAAGAGAAAUAUUUACUUUUCUGGAUCACAACUCUAUUUUAAGCACGUUGAAACACAAUGCCAAAAAAUAAUUUUUCGUGGCGGGAAAUUUUGAAUUUGAAUUUUUUGCGUUUUGACUUUAAAAAACCAAUUCCCUAAGCAGGUCCUUACCGAAAUCUGAUUAAAACUUAUUUUUUCACACUCAAAUUUGUAGGCCCAAAUGUUCCAUUGUCAUCGCCAGACCACGGAGCGUCAAUUUUGCAACGCCAAAAUCAACGAAUGCGGCGCCGACUCCGAGGCCUUCAACAGCAAAUGCUCGGUGGAGACGUGGAGCUCUUGGUCCGAGUGUUCGGUGACUUGCGGCAGUGGGAUUCGAACUCGCGAGCGGAAACUUCAGGAUCCGGCACAAGAGGGGACUUGCAAGGUGGAGCUGAAUGCGAGAGAGAGGUGCAUUGGUAAGAGAAUGGGCGGAAAAUUUUGGGAAAAAUGGACAAUUCUUCCCUAGUUUUGAGCGUCGCACUUUGAAAAAAUUGUUAAAAAAAUUUGUUUUUUUUUUUGGUCGCAAUUUUUGGUUUUUUUGAAAGACCGAGUUUUGGAGGAGAAAUAUUUUUUGAGGACAAGUUUUUUAAGUGCAAUUGACGAUUGUUCACAAAUAAAAAUUUCAAAAAUUACGGUGUAUAUAUCACUCACUACCCUUAUAUUUUUCAGGUGACAACGGCCCAGACUGCUCGGUAAAACCGAAUCCUUUAUGUCAAACGACCACUUGGAGUGAGUGGAGCCCCUGCAGCGCCUCUUGCGACGACGGAGUCAGAGUGCGGACUCGGUUGUUCUUCUACGCCGAGCAUGAGCAGGAAUGUUCGAAUGUGAAUUUGAUGGAGAAAGAAAAGUGCAAUGUCUACUCUUGCCAACGGUUGUUGAGUACCUAUUCGGAAGGUGGGCUUAUUUUUUUUUUUAAAAUUUCGAUGCCAAUGAUUUUUUCACUGUGCGAAAAAUUAAAAAAAAAAGUUUGCACUGUGCGAAAAAAUCGAAAAUUUCGCAUUGGGCAAAAAUGCGAAAGAUUAUUGCACAAUUUUACUCCGCGCAAAAAAAUAAAAAUUCAAAAUUUUGCACUGUGCGAAAAAAAUCGGAAGACUGCACAGUGCGCAAAAAUUUGAAAAAUGCACUGUGCAAAAAAUAUUGAAAAUUUUGGACCGUGCAAAAUACGUAAGAUUUUUGCACUGUGCAAUUUCGCACUGUGCAAAAAAAAUCGGAAGACUGCAUAGUGCAACAAAAUUAAAAAAAAUGCACCGCGCACUAUGUGAAUCUAUUUUUUCAUGCUUGCACAGUGCUAAAGGCACUUUCAUUGUGCAAUUUUGCACCGUGCAAAAAACUCGCAAACUUGCACCCUGCAAAAAAAUUAAAAAAUUGCACCGUGCAAAAAAUUUUUUUCUUUUCAAAACUUGCACGGUGCGAAAGACCAAUUUUCAAAGUUUUGCGCAGUGCAAAAAACAAAAAAAAAACAAAAAGUUUCGCUGCACAAAAAAUUUCAAAAAUAAAAAAAAUCAGCCGCAAAAAAAUCUUCUCAAAUAUUUUUUUCAGAGAUUUGCCAAGAAGAAAAAGAAGAGGGUCAAUGUGGUGGGACCUUCCCUCGUUAUUGGUAUAACAAUCAGACCAAUCGCUGCGAUCGUUUCAUCUACACUGGCUGCAAGGGAAAUCGCAAUCAAUUUGAGACCGAGGAGGAGUGCAAAUUGCUGUGCGUGCCUGGGUACACUCAUAACUCAGCGAUUUGUAAGUGAUUUUUUAAAUUUUUAACAAGAAAAAUUGAAAAUUCAAUAUUUUUGAUAUUUGAAAUUUUGACCUAAAAAUAUUUUGACAUAGUUCUACGUAUUUUACAGUACCCGGCCAUCAAAUUUUCAACGCAUUUGACAACACAGACAACGUCGACGACGGAGGGCCUCCGGUUCCUUGUCAAAUUUCCGAAUGGUCGGCGUGGGCGCAGUGUUCGGUGACUUGUGGCCGAGGAAAGAGAACGAGGACGAGAGCGAUCCAGGUAAACUCCAACCCAGUGUAUUGCUGAAAAAAAUGUAAUAGUAGUAUUAUAUAAAUGUAUUCCAGGCGGUCCCCAGAAAUGGCGGCAAUCCAUGUCCGCCUUCGGAGCAUCUAAUCCAGGAGCGGCAUUGUGAGAAUCGACCUUGCGGUGAGUUUUGGUAUUUUUUAGGCAUCAGUCCGCGCCAAAAGUUCUUGGAAUUUCCUGCGACUCUUCACUGUGCAUGAAUUCGAAAAAAAAACAUGUACAUUUCUUUGAACACGGUUCAAGCUAGGCUUAAGCUAGUGAACUUCAAGGCCGAAUAGCUCAAAAACCCCCAUCAAGAUGAGUAUUGAUACUCGACGAAGAGUUCAAAGAUGUUCUUGACUUAUCGUCGGUAAAGGCGCUUAAUUCCCACUUUUCUCUUCGGCUUGGUAGGGAGUCAAACCACCAUAAUUCCGCGUAUAUCUUGUUUUUAUUAGGUUGAUUCAAAAGUUUUUCCACAUGUCUUUAAAAAAUUUUUAAAAAUUUAGACCAAAGCCAGUGGGCCUGAUAUAUAUCUUGUUAGAAAGAGGGCUGUUUGUAGAUUAUAGUAGAUUAAUAACUUUUUACAACUUAGCAAUUUGUAGUAGUAGCGCCGUGUUAAACCUUAACUACUCGAAGGUAGAAAAAGUAAACCGCCGGCGUUACGUCUAGAGUGACUGUAUCUUCUUAAUAUUCUAGAAUAUGGUAUGCCUGUAUGUAAUCUCUAUGGCAUCGAGGACAAUUUGCUAUAGGGCUAGUCGAAAAAUUUUUAGUGCGAAAAAUCAAAAAUUAGGGUCUGGCAAAAGUAGACCCUGUAGACGCAGCUAUUAGAAGCACUAAGAGAUAACGCUUUCUGUUAUUGUAGUGUAUGAGUAGCACUACAACGCCAAUGCUAAACAUUCGCGCUAGCUUUAGCUAUGCGGCAGAAAAAUCGAAUCUUUCUAAUCUACCAAUAUUUUACGAAAUUUAGGGAUUUUUACAAAAACGUUUUCUGUUCAUUACUCUCGCCCGGUAUCCUAGUUAUUUAAUAAAUAAUUGAUCCUACUUGACAUACACUAUCAGUUGCUAGACGCGCUAAGCUGAAGGUCCUCUUGCCAUACCAGUAAAAAAAUUACAAAAAUCGUCUAAAAGUGCAGUUUAUGCUGCUUUUCUACCUUAUAAGGCAAUUUCAGUUGGUGACUUUUUGAAUGUAUCAUCAGCAUACUGUCUUUGUACAACCUGAAUGGCAGCCGAGUCAAAAAAGUCUAACCCCUUUCAAAAAAUUUUUAAAAAUCUGCUUUUGAUCGGUAGCUCGGCUCUUCGGCCAACUUUAUGGGAUGCUACAAAAAACGUCAGUGUAGAUAUAAGUAGAGCAAUAAAUUCAGAAGAAACUACAGCCAUCCCCAGUACGAAUAACCCAAAACCGGAGACUUUUUAGUGGGCUGGAAAAUUUCUAGGGCCCGGGAUAUUCACCAUGACGCAAACGGAGAAAUUUUUAGUAUUUUUGAAAUAUUCUGAAAGGAAGCUUGUAGAAAAUAAAAUGCUACGAAUCAAAAAUUUUGCAAUGGUCUGCCCCAUACAUCUAUGCUUUCAGUUUUAACGUACAUUCAAUCAGGCUCCAGAAAUUUUAUUUUGAAAUGUCUCAAAAAAAUGUGGAAAAACUUUUGAAUCAACCUAAUAUUAGCUUUGAUAUCAAUAUUUUGCGAUCUACUGCUCUUCUUUAUGUCAUAAUAAUGCAUUUUUUCAGCCCGUUCCUCCUGCCGAGUUGGCCGCUGGUCCUCGUGGUCGCCGUGUUCGGUUCAGUGUGGGGAAGGCGUGCAGACACGGCGUCGCCGGGUCCACCGUUACAGUAUGAUCGACCUGGACGAUCCAUCGUGUUUGGCGUCGGAGUUGGAACAACGAAUCUGUCGAAUGCCUUGUGCGGAAUAA